AUGGUCAAUGGACACUCAGGCAGAAAGCACAUCACACGGAUCGGGAUCCUCAGCAUGCAUCACCGUCCAUUUUAUUCACAAUCAAACGGCUCCAAUUAUCUCACAGCAUUUCAUCCGCCACCACUCGCUCCAUCGCCACUAACUCAAAACUUUCAAAUCCUGCCCUUCUUCAAAACCCACAUCUAUAAACUCCCACAUCAUUCAUCAACAAACUCAUCUCACUCCUCACUCGAUCAGAACACAAAUUCAGCAUCUCACCUUGAGCUAGUUUCAACAAUGUCGGGACGUGGAAAGGGAGGCAAGGGACUCGGAAAGGGAGGAGCAAAGCGACACAGGAAGGUUCUUCGUGAUAACAUCCAGGGAAUCACCAAACCCGCCAUCCGAAGAUUGGCUCGUCGAGGAGGUGUCAAGCGUAUCAGCGGCUUGAUCUAUGAAGAGACUCGUGGUGUUCUCAAGAUCUUUCUUGAGAACGUCAUCAGAGAUGCUGUAACCUACACCGAACACGCUCGCCGCAAAACUGUUACUGCGAUGGAUGUCGUCUAUGCGUUGAAACGACAGGGCCGUACCCUAUAUGGGUUUGGUGGUUAG